AUGAACAACAAGCUGGUUGAGAUACACUCUAAACUAGAGUCAUUGACUUCAAGAGUCCAAAUCAUUGAGUCUUCAAGUGCAUCAUCCUCUUCACCACAAGAGUAUGCCCAAGCAGUUACACUAAGAAGUGGGAGGCAAUUCCCUAGUAGAGGUAGCCCACCCCAAAUCGCUGUGGACAUCGAUGACGAGGAAGGGGAGGAUUUAGUCGACUAUGCUGAUAACUCGACCCGAACUCGAUCGAGCUGGAACAAAACCCUGAACCAGAACUCGAUCGAGCUGGAGAAACUGAGACACUGCAAGACAAACCAGAGCUCGAUCGAGCCAGAAGAGAGCAGACAAAGCAAACUCCAGCCAACCAGCUAA